UUUAUUCUUUAUUUUUUAUUUUUGUGUGAGAUACCAGAUUCAAAGGACCCAAAAGAUUUCAAUUUCUUCUUCCAUACAACGUCAAUCAACCAACUCUUUGACGGAAGUAUAUCCAUUGUUGGUGUGUCGUUAUCCCUUGCCAAAGCUCUGUUACAGCACCGGUCUUCUUAGCAUUUUCCAGUACUCCAUCACACAAAAUAUUAUCUUUAGAUUUAUCCCUUCUUUGUGAGAGCCAAUUGCGGCCCUGCCUGUGCAUGCGACCAGCCAGCUCGCACGGCCUGUGCGCUUUUCGUCUGUCACUUGCAGCCUCACCACUACUUGCAGUCGCGACUGACCAGCGCCGACCAUGCCACCUACUUAACACAGCGUUGGUCUACCCAGCUGCUUCGCCAAUUUGGGAUUGUUGACUUUGACGUUUGCUCACUCCGGCGCCGUUCAUGUCGUUAUGUUAUCCCUUAGCUUGUCUUGAUUCAAUUGGCUUCAUCUUCUCGAUUGUCCUAAAUCUAUUUGUAAAAACCCUACUCUAUUGAUCUUUGGGCUUCAAGAUCUAGAACAAUUCAGAUGGAAAACAAAUGAAAUCAUCCAGAUCAAGAGUUGAAAAUGGUGGCUCAAACUCAAAGUCAAAAAUGGAAUCAAAUUCAGGGCAAGGAAACAUGGCAGUUGAGAAGCAUACAAAGCCAAGUGAGCAGCCUAAUAAGCAAGAUUAUAUCCAUGUGAGAACAAGAAGAGGUCAAGCUACUGAUAGCCACAGUUUAGCAGAGAGAGCUAGGAGAGAAAAGAUCGGUGAGAGGAUGAAGAUUUUGCAAGACUUGGUUCCUGGAUGUAAUAAGGUUCCUCAUGUUACUCGUACUGAUUAUCAACUGAUUGAUAUUUCUGAAGAUGGUUUUGUGAGUCUUUUGAUUGAGAAUGGUAACACCAAGGAUGACUUGAAGCUUCCCACCGAUGAAAGUCUGCUCAGCCAGAUUAAAGAUGGGUUUGCUGAAGGGAAAGACCUUAUUGUGUUAGUUAUGUGUGUUAUGGGGGAAGAACAGAUCAAUGCCCUCAAGGACAUUGGCCCAAAGAACUAAAAUUCUUGGGGUCUCUUGUAUAAUGUCUACGCACAUAUUAUUUAUAUAAAUGAUCUAAUAAUUGGAUUAAAACCACCCUAAAAUUAAGAGACUCUUUUCACUUAAUUCGUCUGUUACUCAUCAGAUAAUGUUUUGGAUUUACUAACACCCACGAAAUUACAAUCGAUUGUCUAUCUGAUCCCUAGAUUUGCUUAUAUUCCAAGGUAAACAAAGCUUCUGAUUUUUGAAAUCCGAUUCACAAGCACUCUAUUUUCUUGAC